UUGACUUUUAGGAAAGGAUUUCCCUCUAUCGAACAAGUUGCUUUAUUUUUGAAAAUUAAUCAGGUUCACGCGUGCUUGACCUUCCAUGUCACAUACUGUUCAUCGGUGCCUUUCCUGCUGAAAGUUGAUGAUGACGUUGCCGUGCAUUCCGACAGACUUUUGGGUCCCUGGAUUUGGGCUACGAAUGCGCACCGUCGACUGUAUUGCUAUGUACACAACAAUACAGCUCCGAUUCGCAAUCCACUAAAUAAAUGGUACGUGUCAAAAAAGGCCUGGCCCUUCAAGUAUUACCCACCGUACUGCAACGGGCCGUUCUACAUGAUGGGAAAUGAAACAGUGAAAGAGAUUGCUCAAGCGUCUUUGCAUGCGUUGCGUCGUCCGUUUGUAAAUGGA